ACAAAAACACUAAAACAAGCCAGAAACCGACACCCGGCUGUCUAGAACACAGACCAGAUACAUGUAAUUUAGCCACGAUCAGUCAAACGAAAGGAUUAGCACAAAGAAAGAUUACUGUUCCAUUGACGGCUGUACCAGUUCGAAUUUAUUCUUUUGCUUUUCUAUAAAGCCGUUCUUUGAUAAUUCCCAGGUCCCCACAGCUGCAGCAGUCAAUUUUCUUAAAUUUGAUUCAGUUUUUUGCACGUGUUUUUCUCAAGGUGGUUGCUAGUUCAUGCAGAAGAUUAUCGGGGGCUGAUAAAUUAGGGUUCUUAUUGAUUUGGUGAUUUUGGAAGAAAAGAUUUUUGAAGAGAAUUUAGUUGGGUUGUUACAUGCUCUUGUUAAAGGUGGCGAAUCCACGAGAUAGCGGCGAGUAUGUUAGAUUUCCAGCAGAAACCUCCACCUCCACCUCCACCUCCACCUCUACCUCCACCUCCACCGUCGCCGUCACCACCACCACCACCUCUGCCACCGUUUUGAAUAUUGAUCCAUACUAUCAAAUGCAACAUCAAGAUCAACCGGAUUAUUUACUAUCAGCAGUGGCAGGGGGGUCGAUGUUUUCGGGCCAUAGUCAAUUGCAAGAGAUGUCGGCUAUGGUGACUGCUCUAACACAUGUGGUGUCGGGGCAGAGGUACGGCGGUGAGAGGAGGUUAACUCCUGAGCAACUAAGUGGUGGCGCUGUUGCACCGUCUUUUGCAGGUGGUACUGGGAAUAUUCAUUUAGUUACUUCGCCAUCGUCUGCUUAUUCUUCUUCCAGCUCUGGCUCUUGGCCUGGCCAGAAGAGAAGACGUGAUCAAGAAGAUAGUGGUACGCAGUUACCGGAGCAAGCCCCGGCGGUUUAUCGGCGGUUUGGAGAGUCUUCUUCUUCUGUCAAAGAUGAGCCGGAGGCAGGAACAAGUUUUGCAAUGCCUCCCACCACCACCGCCGCCGCCGCAGCGCAACCACCACAAGCAGAAAUAACGAGCACUUCAAAUCAAGAAACAGGAGAGAGAAGAAGAAGAUACCGAGGAGUUAGACAGAGGCCAUGGGGCAAAUGGGCAGCAGAAAUAAGGGAUCCACAUAAAGCCGCCAGAGUGUGGCUGGGCACAUUCGAAACGGCGGAGGCCGCUGCCAGAGCAUACGAUGAAGCCGCCCUCCGUUUCAGAGGCAACAGAGCCAAACUAAAUUUCCCUGAAAAUGUCAGAAUCGUCAAUCCACCUGUCCCACCCCCGUCGCAGAUUUCCCAACCCACACAGUUGGCCAUUGCAACUCGUCCACCACCGCCUCCCCCGCUGACCAACCCAUUCUUCCAAACUCCGCCGUCCCAUAUCUCUACCACCAUGAGAGACUAUUGGGAUUACUCACAAUUGCUUCAAAACAGUGAUUAUUUCCGUGGCCAACAUUCUACAACGUUGUUACAACAAAUGUUUAAUGCUUCAUCGUUAGCUGGUUUAUAUUCACAAUCAAUGCCCUCUUCUUCUUCUUCUCAAUCUUCAUCUUCUUCAAAUCCAGCGGUAUUUUCCAGUGCACAAGCAAUUCAUUUCGGGCAGCAAGGAAAUCAAACUCAAGCACAGGGAAGCAGUUCCAGUUUUACAAUACCACCAUGGAAUACCAGUUCCAGUUACUAUCCUCCCUCCUCUUCUUCUUAAAUAUUCAUUUUUUUUUUCUCCUGGAUAAAUAUACACACUCUUUCUUUUUUAAGUUACAAUUUUUAGGUAUUAUUUUUUACUUGCUUUUAGAUUUAGGUACCAUUUUCGAUGUUAUCAUUUGUUUGAACAUUAUUGAAAAGAACAAAACAGCAGAAUUUAGGAUUUUAGGUUCAAUUUUGGUACCAAGAUUUUGACGUUUAUGUUAUCUUCGAUUAUCAAAAGCAAACACGUUGCUACCA